CGACUCCCAUGAUUCACUGAGUCAUCUAGAACAUCUACCGGGAACGAAAAAUAUUUAUCGGCAGUUUGUGUUAAUAAUAGUCAUUUAACUAAAAACUGUCACGAUGCCGAUGUGUGGAGGAACCUCCGAGGUGAAAGAAGCCAAUGACGAAGUUCAGCAGAUUUGUAAUGCUAUGAAGCCUCACGCAGAGCAGAAAGCAGGGACGACCUACGAUGUUUUCACUGCAAAGAGCUUCAAAACGCAGCUUGUGGCCGGAACCAACUACUUCAUUAAGGUCCACGUAGGAGGAGACGAUCAUGUUCAUCUCCGAGUUUGGAAAAAACUCCCGUGUUAUGGAGGAGAGCUUGAGCUGAGCAGCAUGCAACAUUCCAAAGCCCACGAUGACCCUAUUGAGUACUUCUAAUUCAAACCAAGCAAAAGAAAAAAAAAGUGCCUACAGGCUGCAGUCUCAUCACUUAAUCCUUUAAUAUCCUGUUUCUUUAUAUAAAACUCCAUGUAAUAAUAAACACUAUGCACUGAAGAUCAUGGUUGAUGAUAGAAGUGUAUAACUAAAUGAGAUAUUUUGUACAAGAUGCAUAAAUACAUAAAACAGAUUCAUUGUUAUUCUUUUUUUUUUAUUGUGUCUCUUCUUUCUGUUGUGUUGACUGAUGUGUGAAACAGCUGCAGGCUUGAGUGCACACACUUUGUUAUCAACUGGAUGAUGUGGUGGAAAAAUAGUGACAGAGAAUGAGAGGAGACAAACAAAUGUUUAUUGACAUUUUGAGUAUGUAGUGUGUCAGCUGCUGACGUGGCUCUAAUUUCUUUAUUGAUUUAUGUCUCUUUAGGAUACAAGAUCCCUUCUCAGUUUUUUUUUCUUGUAUGUUAUAAUUUGCAAACUCUUUUAAAAUUGUAUACAUUUGGGUUUUGUGGAAGGUCCAAACAUGAAAUGCGCAACCCCCAAUGCCACUCCUUUAACAGCCUUUUAACUGGUUUAACAUUUUCACAGCAUCUAUCUUUCUUGACAUGCUUGCCCACUAGCUUGGUGUUUAUGUCUUACUAGGACAUGUUUAUACCAAAGUUAUUAAAACACUUUGUCCACUUUUA